UGGACCUGCUGCCCACCGACUGCUGUUACUGCUGCUGCUGUUUACACCGUGGCAUCAUGGGAGCUGUAGUUUCCUCUGAGGUGCAGGAGGACAGCUGAUCAGCUAACAGGGAUUGUGGGUUAUCAGAGUUUGGAGAUGUGAGCUGGUGGGCGAACGAGGCUCAACAAACUCUCUCUUCUCUCUAUAUCUUUCUGUUCUCAUUAUCCAUCAUUCUACCUUUUCCUGCCUCUCCUCUGUAGUUUCUUUCACCUCAUCCCCCCCAUUUUUCUUUCCAUUUCUUUCUUUUUCCCCCCAUCUUUCUCUCUCUCUCUCUCUCCUCCUAACUCGUACCUGUCCGAGGAAAAGUCAGGAUGGGUUGUCGUCUCACUCGGACCAAGGUCAAGACUCAUGAACCUUCUCAUCACCGACACCGGGAGGAGCUGCACUUUGUGGAUGAAUAUGGCCAGCCAAUCACUGUGCAGGUGGACGGCAGAAGGGGCCAGGGUCACAGGAGGCGGCGGUCCCGUUGUGCGACUGAGUGCAACGCUCCAACAGAAAGACACUGGGAGGCCCUGAGGGCCAUGGGACUGAUGGAGGGAGAGGAAGGCCAGGGAGACGGCUACGGUGCUGGGCCCUACUAUGGUCACAUGACCAUGUCACCAGACAUGUAUCCAGCCAGUAGUCACAUGAUGAUGUCGCCUGAUGUCUAUCCACCCAAUGGCUACCUGUCCAGAGGGUCAAAUGACCAGCAUCCAGGGAACAACUACCUGCCCAGUGUCUCCUACAGCUUAGAUCACCUGGACAGACUGGACUACCAGGGUCCAGAAUCGUUGCCCUACCAACCCAACUCAGAGAGCUGUCUGAUUGGCUGCUACAACACAGAGGAAAUGGAGCCAAAGAAUUUCCCCAGACAGUCUGACUAUCGUCCUCCCUGGCGGCCUGAUCGUCCUCUCGGCUACCUUCCCCUCAGCGAGCUCGACAGCGGGCUGGGAUGUGGCCCCGACAGCCCACACCACCGAGUGGCGCUCUCUGAAGCCGAAACAGACGCCAUGUCAUCACUGCCGGGCCACACCCCCUCCUCUCAAGGUUCCUCUUCUUCCUCUGAGUCCCUGAUCUCCUCUGAGCCCAGCGACUCAGGUUUCCACAGUGUCAGCACCGGGGAGCACAGACGGCUGCAUAAGAUUCACGGGAGCCACGCGCACCGGCAAACUCACCACCUGCGCUCAGGCCAUUCCCCUCGAGAGCAGAGAGGACGCUGGGAUUUGGAGUCUAUCCCUGAGACAACUCUGAUGACCCACCCUGGAGCUCCGCAGUCAUCCCGCUGCACUGUGGGUAACAGCACCACCACAACAGUUCACUUCCACAGAGCUGAGAGGAGUCCGACCUUACCACGCCACCGCUCGCCGCCAUCCCCCUCCAUUGGUUGUCGUACUGAGCCCUGCCAGCGGAGGGCACUAUGGUUGGAGCAGCAGCAGGGAAGAGGCGGAACCAUAGAGGCUCCAGGGCGGAGUCAAACAAUAACAGAUUUGAGUGAAGGACAACGCCGUCGUAGGGCGAGUCACCCCAACAUGCCUGAUCCAGACAGACUGCUGAACAGCCAGCCAGGUGCAGCCAGCAACACGCUGGGGCCGAGGAGCAGGGCCAGUUAUCCCAGUAACUGUCACCCCACCGGUCCCCUCAGCAGUCAUCUCAGCAUAGACAGAACCAGUCUGAGCAAUCAUCAGAAUGCAAUGAGGAGCAGCCAGGGCACCAGCCGGAGCAGAGAGGAGGACUCUCUCUCUAAGAGUCCUGGCUCGGGCUCCAGCGGAGCGUCAGACUGGCGAGGCUUUCAGACUCUCGGGAAUCACACCGGCAACCCUAAAGGUUCCUCUGUUCCGUUCUACAGCACACUGGGAGCCCCGCAACGGAGCCCGUGCUCUCCACCCUCUCCCCGCUCCAGGCUGUCCAAUCAGAAGUCAGUCAGGAACCAGCUGCUAAGAGCCCGAGCUUACCGAUUGGCCAGGGAGCGCAGCGAGGUCACAACAGAUGAGGAGGUGCGAGGAGAGGGGGAGAGAGAGGGUGAUGAUGAAGGGGAGGAUGGACGAUGGGCCGGGCGGUACUGGAACCGGACCGAGAGGAGACGCCACCUGGCGUUGUCGCGGCAACACAGAGAGAGGCGAGGAGCAGGGGAGGAGCAGGCAGGCGGAGUUCAAGGGUCGUUGUCGUCUCAGACGGUGCUGGAGCUGAGCCACAUGAAGCAGAACCGGCUGAGAAACAGCAAGCUGCUCGAUGAUUGGACAACUGUGGAGGAGCUGCUAACUCAUGGGACAAGAGUGGAGACGGACAGUCAGCUCUGUCCCAGUCCUCUGCUGUCCGUUACUACUGUCUGAUGGGAAACAACACCGCUGUUCGAUAGAAACCAAUGGUCCGACACUCAGGUCCAGAUUCAGUAAAGAUUUGUGUGGUGAAAAGUGUAAAGUCCAGUUCUAAAAUUAGUUAAUGACAGAACACAAUAACUAGUGAAAUUGCAAUGCAUCUAUCAAUUAUACAUUCUUUAUUCUUUAUUUGGAUCACUAUCAACUUUACCAAAGUUGUCGUUAGUCUUCCUUUACAGUGUAUAAAUUAAAUUACACUAUUUUGUAGGGUUGCAACCAAUGAUUAAUUUUAUUAUUAAUUAUUCUGUCAAUCAUUUUUUCGAUUAAUCGAUUAGUUGUU